AUGGCUUCCAGCCCGCUGCCGGGGCCCAACGACAUCCUACUGGCAUCGCCGUCGAGCGCCUUCCAGCCCGACGCGCUGAGCCAGCCGCGGCCGGGCCACACCAACCUCAAACCCAACCAAGUGGGCCAGGUGAUCCUCUACGGCAUUCCCAUCGUGUCGUUGGUGAUCGACGGGCAGGAGCGCCUGUGCCUGGCCCAGAUCUCCAACACUCUCCUCAAGAACUUCAGCUACAACGAGAUCCACAACCGCCGAGUGGCGCUGGGCAUCACGUGCGUGCAGUGCACGCCGGUGCAGCUGGAGAUCCUGAGGCGCGCCGGGGCCAUGCCCAUCUCAUCGCGCCGCUGCGGCAUGAUCACUAAGCGUGAGGCUGAGCGCUUGUGCAAAUCGUUCCUAGGCGAAAACAGGCCGCCCAAGCUGCCCGACAACUUCGCCUUCGACGUGUCCCACGAGUGCGCCUGGGGCUGCCGCGGCAGCUUCAUCCCCGCGCGCUACAACAGCUCCCGCGCCAAGUGCAUCAAAUGCAGCUACUGCAACAUGUACUUUUCGCCCAACAAGUUCAUCUUUCACUCCCACCGUACGCCCGACGCCAAGUACACGCAGCCGGACGCAGCCAACUUCAAUUCUUGGCGCCGUCAUCUCAAGCUCACUGACAAGAGCCCCCAGGACGAGCUAGUCUUCGCCUGGGAGGACGUCAAGGCCAUGUUCAACGGCGGGAGCCGAAAGCGCGCGCUGCCCCAGCCGGGCGCGCACCCCACCUGCCAUCCGCUCAGCUCGGUCAAGGCGGCGGCUGUGGCAGCGGCGGCUGCCGUGGCGGGGGGCGGGGGACUGCUGGGCCCGCACCUGCUAGGGGCGCCCCCGCCGCCGCCGCCCCCGCCACCCCUGGCCGAUUUGGCGGGGGCGCCACACGCCCAUCACAAGCGACCGCGCUUCGACGACGACGAAGACUCGCUGCAGGAGGCGGCCGUCGUGGCCGCAGCCAGUCUUUCAGCUGCUGCCGCCAGCCUCUCGGUGGCCGCGGCCUCGGGCGGCGCCGGGGCGGGCGGGGGCGGCGCCGGGGGCGGCUGCGUGACCGGAGUUGGCGCCGGCGCGGGCGCGGGCGCAGCGGCUGGCGCCAAAGGCCCGCGCAGCUACCCGGUCAUCCCGGUGCCCAGCAAGGGCUCGUUCGGGGGAGUGCUGCAGAAGUUCCCCGGCUGCGGCGGGCUCUUCCCGCAUCCUUACACCUUCCCAGCCGCAGCCGCCGCCUUCGGCUUGUGCCACAAGAAGGAGGACGCGGGCGCCGCGGCCGAGGCCCUGGGGGGCGCCGGCGGCGCUGGCGCGGCGCCCAAAGCCGGCCUGUCGGGCCUCUUCUGGCCCGCGGGCCGCAAGGACGCCUUCUACCCGCCCUUCUGCAUGUUCUGGCCUCCGCGGACCCCAGGCGGGCUUCCCGUGCCCACAUACCUACAGCCCCCGCCGCAGCCGCCCUCGGCGCUCGGCUGCGCACUGGGAGAAAGCCCGGCCCUGCUGCGCCAGGCCUUCCUGGACCUGGCCGAGCCCGGCGGUGCGGGCGCGAGCGCCGAAGCGGCGCCCCCACCGGGUCAGCCCCCUCCGGUCGUGGCCAACGGCCCGGGCUCCGGCCCGCCGCCUCCUGCCGGAGGUGCGGGCGCUCGCGACGCGCUCUUCGAGUCGCCCCCGGGCGGCAGCGGCGGGGACUGCAGCGCGGGCUCCACGCCGCCGGCCGACCCGGGUGCCGUGUCCGGGACCGGGGUCGCGGCCACCGGAGCGGGCCCCGUGGGCGCGCGAGUGCCGGCGCCCCACCACCCGCACCUCCUGGAGGGGCGCAAAGCCGGCGGAGGCAGCUAUCACCAUUCGAGCGCCUUUCGGCCGGUGGGCGGCAAGGACGACGCAGAAAGCCUGGCCAAGCUGCACGGGGCGUCAGCGGGCGCGCCACACUCGGCCCAAGCGCAUCACCACCAUCACCACCACCACCCGCACCACCACCACCACCACCAUCCCCCGCAGCCGCCGUCACCGCUGCUACUGCUGCCCCCGCAGCACGACGAGGCGGGUUCCGAGCGCCACCACCCGGCCCCGCCGCCGCCCCCGCCCCCACCGCCCCCGCUGGCCCCGCAGCCGCACCACCGAGGCCUUCUGUCCCCCGGCGGCACCAGCUGCAGCUACCCCAGCGAGGACAGCUCCGAGGACGAGGACGACGAGGAAGAAGAGCAGGAGGUGGACGUGGAAGGCCACAAGCCCCCCGAGGGCGAGGAAGAGGAGGAGGAAGCUCGGGACCCAGAGGACGACGAGGAGGAAGACGAGGAAACCGGGGUCCUGCUAGGGGACCCCUUAGUCGGAGGCGGCCGGUUCCUCCAGGGCCGAGGGUUGUCGGAGAAGGGGAGCAGCCGGGACCGCGCGGCGGCCGCCGCGGGCGCUUUCCCACUCGCCCUGAACUCCAGGCUGCUGCAGGAGGACGGGAAACUGGGCGACCCCGGCGGCUCGGACCUGCCUGCGCCCCCGCCCCCGCCACUGGCUUCCCAGAAAUCGAGCGGCGGCCUUAGCAGCAGCCCGGGCAGCCCGGUCCACCAUCCAUCACUGGAGGAGCAGCCCUCCUACAAAGAUAAUCAGAAAACUAAGGAAAAUAACCAAGUUAUUUUAUCUACAAAGGAUGACAACAACUUCUCAGAUAAGAACAAGGAGCAUGGCUUUUUCAUCACAGACUCUGACACUUCCGGAGGAGAUUUUUGGAGAGAAAGAUCAGGUGAGCACACGCAAGAGACGAAUUCACCCCAUUCACUCAAAAAGGAUGUAGAAAAUAUGGGGAAAGAAGAACUUCAGAAGGUUUUAUUUGAACAAAUUGAUUUACGGAGACGACUAGAACAAGAAUUCCAAGUGUUAAAAGGAAAUACAUCUUUCCCAGUAUUCAAUAAUUUCCAGGAUCAGAUGAAACGGGAACUAGCCUACCGAGAAGAAAUGGUGCAACAGUUACAAAUUAUCCCCUAUGCAGCAAGCUUGAUCAGGAAAGAAAAGCUUGGUGCCCAUCUCAGCAAAAGCUAAAAGUCAGACAAAAGAGGACCAGUUUCUUUCAAGAGGCUCCAAGGGCAAUGACAAGGUGCCCCCACACUUCUAAGUGCUUUACACCAGUUAUCUUGUUUAAUUUUCAUAACCGCUCAUUGAGAGACACACUGCUGCUGUCACAGUUCAUCCACUGAGCAAACAAUUGCUGAGAUGAGUGAGUUGCGUGUGGUCUGACUGCUAGCAAGUGACAGGAUCUGGACCAUGCUGCCUGGCCCUGCAGCCCACACUUCAUCUGUCCUUCCCUGAUUUGUCACCUGCAGUCGUGGCCUCACUCACAUCUUCUGCUAUCACUUAGAAACAUGAAGUCAGUAACCAAUCUGGUGCUUUCAUUGAUGUUGAAUUGCAAAACCUCCAGUCACACUUCUAGAGCUGCCCUAAGACCCCAGGACAAGAAAAAUAAGACAUAACUUGGACCAACCGGCCAAAGCCAGCCGAGCAUCAGUGCAUAGAAUUCUGUCUGCCCCUUAUACUGCGGGCUGCCUUAAUGUUUGCCCAACAACAAAUCGAAGUUUCCAGAACCCAGCAAAUGACUUGAACUGUAAAGAAGGCAUAGCAAACCAUCACACUCUGAUUUAAUAGUUCAGGUUUGGCUCAGUGUCAGCAGAGAUGCAUAACUCUAAGACAGCAGGCCAACAAAUGUAAAAAGGAAGAUGCUUUCAUGAUCACUGUUUAAACAUUUUUAUCCAAAUGGUACUAAAAAUGUCUUGUCUUAAGGAUAUACUAAAUAUUACUUUCAGUACUUUUCAGUUAUCCGAUUAUAUCAUGCUGAGGUUGUCAUUCUGUGCUUUUUCGUCAUA